CGAACUGUGAACCAAAAAGGAGAUAAAAGUGGUAUUGGUGCGAACCAUUGGCCAUGAGAAAAGUAGGUUUACUAGUUUUUUCUAGUAUGGCUGAUGGCACUAAGUUAAAACUGAUGGCUGUUUUUAAGAGAAAAACUUUGCUAAAGGAGUAAUUUUCAAAAGGAAUUGUCUUCUAUAUACAUCCACAAGGCUGGAUGGAUGAAGGUGGAGGUAAAUAAUGGAUAAAAGAAUUUUCAAAAUUACAAUCUGGUGGACUACGCAAGGAAAAGAGUUUGUCUGGGACCAGUGAAGAUCACAUCUAGUGAAGAAUGUUGGUGAUAACAUCUGAUCACAACACUGACGUAACUGUAAUUCCCGGCAGACUUACUAGUGUUUUGCAACCAAUAGAUGUUGAUAUCAAUAAGCCAUUUAAGGACAUGUUGAAAUGAAGUGGAAUAACUAGUAGAGUGAUGGAGAAAAAAACAUACACGAAAGGAAGCAGUAUGCAAGCUCCAUCACUGCCACUUAGGUUUUAAUGGAACGUUAAUUCAUGGAAGAAAGUAAAAACUGACACUAUUUUGAAAUCAUUGAAGAAAUAUAGAAUGUCGGAUGUGUUGUACAGUACAGAAAAUGAUUAUCUAUGGGAUGACAUAGAUGAAGAAGAAGGAGCAGAUGAUGUGCUACCUCUAACCACUGACAGUAAAGAUGAAGAGGGUCCAUACGAUGAGGUGUCCAUUUAUACCUACCUGUCCUCCCUACAUUCCAAAUAAAGUUGCGCAAAUGCAAACGUUGUUGCUGCGGUUGACAUCAAUACCAUUGCCAAUGAAGUUUACAAGCACAAUUUUCCUAACACCUAUCUCUGUCCCAAGACAAUUGAAGGUAUAACAUUGGAUGAAUUCAAUAAACUGGACUUUGACAUGAUCCUAAUGAGUCCUCCUUGUCAGCCAUUCACAAGAAUAGGUUUACAGAAAGACGUAUUGGAUCCCAGGACCAAGAGCUUUUUGUACAUUCUUGAUAUACUUCCAAGACUUUCCAAAACCCCUAAAUAUAUUCUUCUAGAAAACGUCAAAGGAUUUGAAACAUCUGUUGUGAGAGAUAAAUUAAUACAAACGUUGGACAGCUGCAGAUAUAUUUACCAGGAAUUCCUUCUAUCACCAACCUUGUUGGGCUACCCAAACUCGAGGCUGCGAUAUUUCCUUCUUGCAAAGCUCCAACCUGAUGCCUUCUGCUUCCAAACUUCUUAUCAGAUAAUAGAACGUUUCCCAGACCAUGAUGUUACAGAUUCAAGAUUUACUGAUGAUUCCAAUUUUGAUCAGAUAGUAUCAACAGGUGAUAAUAAAGGCGAACACAAGAACUCGGGAUAUUGUGCUGGGACUGACAAAAGUGAAGCAAAUAUGACUCGACUUUACAAAUUAGAGACACCAGAACACCUGAAAAAGAAGCAAUUCCAGAACAACAACUUAUCAAUCCAAAUGAUCCAAGAAUUCUUGGAGGAGGAAUUGAAGGAUCCAAGCUCAUACUUCAUACCCCCAAAGACGUUACUGCGUUAUGCUUUAGUACUUGACAUAGUUGGACCAUCUUGUAGACGAUCAGUGUGUUUCACUAAAGGAUAUGGCCAUUAUGUUGAAGGUACUGGUUCUGUGUUGAAGACCGCACCAGAUGUUGAGCUUUCUGAAGUCUUCCAGUCAUUUCAGACACUGUCAGAUAAUGAAAAGUUAUCCCAGCUAUCAAAAUUAAAACUACGAUAUUUCACUCCGAGGGAAAUAGCAAAUCUUCAUGGAUUUCCUCCAGAAUUUCGUUUUCCUCAGAAUAUUUCACUGAGACAAAGUUAUCGUCUGCUUGGAAACAGCCUCAAUAUCAACGUGGUCGCCAAGCUCAUUGGCUUGAUGGUUCAGUGAUAUCAAAAGCCAAUAAGAUUUAUGAUGUAUUCUGUGUAAAUAUGUACAUCUGGAAAUGCUCAUUUUGCCUAAUAAAUCUGGAAAUGCUUAUUUUACCUAAUAACUAUGCCUGUUUUUAAUAUUAUCAAUAUAUUGAAAUUGUCUUUUUGAUAUCACUGCAUACAAGUCUGCCCUUCCAUGCAUUAAAAUAUCAAAACUUAAUCAGUACAGCAUGGAAUGUAAGCUGAAUGUUUUGCUUUGUAGCUGGGGUUUUGUGACAUAACUCUUAUUCAGCUUCCUAAGAGCACUGUACCCGACACCACCAGACAGACAAUAGCAGUUCAAGGUGUUUCACCAGCAUCUUUUCAAGGGCAAUUAAGAAUAAGCAACAAAUGAUGGUAUAGCCAGCAAUGCUGAAGUUAUGUGCAAGAAUCAAAACACACUGUAAUGUGAACAAAUUAAAAAUAAUUCUCGUAUAUUUAAAAUGUUUAACCGAGCUGUUUUUUAAAUUGUUUAAUAAAUUCAGUCUGAUGACAAAUUGUUUGUAUUUUGAAAGAAUAAACCAAAAAGUUUCAUGCAGGGUCAUUUUGUUUCAAUCAUGGCAGUUUUACAUUGCACUAUUUAUUUGUACAUCAAGUCCUUGUUUAUUAUGUCUCCGUAUUCUAGUUCUGAUUUGGAGGUGCCGGUAUUGAACUAGGGUAGAUAAAGUUAGGUUAUAAUUCAACAGGUUAAUUUGGAAUCACUAGCUUUCAAAGUGCUACUGCUUCAUCUCGUGGUUCUAGUUCUGAAAUAUAAUGCAGUGACUUAGAAUUAUAUAAUA